GACGUCACUUCCGUGCAGUACAGCGUUCAUGUUUGACAACAAAUUCUACGUGGAUUUUGGGAAGAUCUUUUGCCAGUUUAAAUCGUCCAACGAUGACUAAAUUACAAUAUCUGAAUGUGUAUUUGACUGAGCGUCUCAUGCAAGCUGCUGAGGAAAUACUAAGAGUUGUCGCAGACACGAUCUCCGAGUACCAGGAAGAAAUAUCCCGGACAAAGCGAGAGAACCAAUACCUUAAACGACACUUGAUCACACCGGUCCUACCGCCGGCCCCUCAGCCCAUUCUCUCUUGGGUCUCAGAGCUGCAAACUCCCCCUGAACAACAGCACUGUGAGCAGGAGUGGAGCCCCAGUCUGGGCCAGGAGGACCUUGAGACCACACAGAUUAAAGAGGAACAGGGUGAACUCGGGACCAGUCAGGAGGAAGAGCAGCUUCAAGUACCGGAGUCUGAUACCAAAGAAGACUCCAUAUCUACUCUUCCCUGUGUGAAAAAUGAUGAGGACCGACCUCAGCCUUCACAUCUUUCCCGAAGCGAAACUGUGGAGAACAGAGUGAGGGAGUCUCUACUGACCAACACAACUGGACAGAUCAAAACAGAACCUGAUGGCUAUGGAGUAUCACUAUCAGAACCAACCAGUGACUUCCUUCAGUCUCAGCCCGUCUCUGAAGUAAGUCCAGUCUCUUCUAGAACACAAAGUCAGAACACUGAGAACACAGAAAGUGUUCCUAUUGUUCUGAGAGAUCUAGAAAGGAGACCAGAGGAGGAUACAGACACACACUCAUGUACUCAGUGUGGAGCCGUGUUCUGUGAGCUAUCCCAACUGGAGGCACACAUGCCAUCCCACACAGCACCACACAGUGGUGACACUAGUCACAGGCAAAUCAUGUGCACAGUCUGUUGGAAGUCAUUCACCUCUACCAGUUACCUCAAGGUCCACCAGCGUUCUCACACUAAGGAAAAGCCCUUUCACUGUGGUGUGUGUGGCAAAAGCUUCAGCUACUCAGGGAAGUUCAGGGAACACCAACGGAUUCACACAGGAGAGAGACCUUACCGCUGCUACGUGUGUGGUAAACGCUUCAACCAGUCAGCCCACCUGAAGGCCCACCUGAGGGUACACACAGGGGAGAAACCCUACUCCUGUCCUGUCUGUGGGAAAGGAUUCAGUCAGUCCAGCCAGAUCAAGAGACACCUCAGAACUCACAUCCAAGGGAGGUAGAUUAAUAAUAACUUGGAGUGGAAAGAGCCCAUGAGUGGAUAAACAGUAACCUCGGAAGCCGCCUGAUCUCACAAGCUUACAUGAAUUGUUCGCUACCACAGAAUCAGUCUGGUAAUUACGAGGCUAGAUAGACAGAGCCUUCUGUUCUCAAAGUGCCCAGCAUUUGGGAAGAGAAAGAAAUAAAUACAUUUCUUAUUUUCAGUGCUACUCAUUCUACAGUAACAGUACCUCAAAGUGUUCAUACCCCUUGACUAAUUCCACAUUUUGUUGUUACAGCCUGAAUUCAAAAUGGAUUUAAAAAAUAAUAAUAAUCUCACCCAUGUACACACAAUA